AUGAUUCUUGGAACUUCGAUAGAGUCAGUAAAGGGCAGUCACAGCACUCAUGUCACGAAAUGGAAGUCUGCUAUGUCAGAAGCAUACACACCUGCUGCCAAAAAGGAACGCUCAUUAGCUCUCAAGGGAAAGUCAUUACAAGAUCACAAAGCGCACUUUAGAACCUUGAAACCAGGGGACAGAGUUCUUGUGAGGAAUCUUUCAGAGCGUGGGGGACCGUAUAAACUUAGGGGUUCUGGGAGGGCCAGAUUCACUUAGUGGUGAAAAGAAAAGGAGAGAGCUCUGUCUAUGAGUUAAAGUCGGAGGGACGCAAUGGCAAGAAGCAUGUCCUUCACCGAAACCUGCUACUACCAUGUGACUUUCUCCGUGUAAAUAAAGAGCGGAACAGUCAGAGGGGUGGAAGAACUCGCAACACUGAAAGGAUUGCAUGGAGAGUGCAGAGAGUACCACAGAACCAACAGCGACAGUGAUGAAGGUGACCACCCAAACCUACUCACCAUCACAGCUGUCAGAGUGGCCAGAGUCAGAUCCUACUACGGAUGUCCAUGCAACUUUUGA